UAGCGCUAUGGUGAUAAAUCCCCGAGACUGAGAAAGGAUGGCAUGGAGCUCAGUGCUGUGGAGCAGCCCCGGCAUCAAUGCCCAUAAUCUCAACCACUUCCCUCUCCUCCCCGCCGCGUCCUCUCCAACACACAGCCCUUAUUCCACCAAGAUCAAGACCUUGCUUGCCUGCAAACACACUCAUUACUGCCGGUCUCUCCUUAGGGAUUUUGGUCCUUGCAAAGCCAAAAACAGGGAAGGUUUCAAUGAGGAGCUGCAGGUUCAGGAGGAUGGUGAUCCCGUCAGAAGGAUUGCGCUGCAGGCCGCUCUUUGGUCUGCUGAGGCUGCUUAUAUCCUCUGGCUCUUCCUCCUUCCCUAUGCUCCAGGUGAUCCUGUUUGGUCUAUCAAGCCAGAAACCAUCAAUGAUCUAUUGGGGCUCUCACUAAAUUUCUUCUUUGUAGUGCCGAUACUGAAUUCAGCUGGCAUUCAUAUGAUUGAAGAACCAGUCCUUCAUCCUGUUGCUGAAGGCUUAUUCAAUUUUGUAAUUGGGUGGACCUUUAUGUUUGCUCCACUAUUGUUCACCGACCGUCGGAGGGACAGAUACAAAGGGUCAUUAGAUGUCCUAUGGAGCUUACAAAUGUUCCUUACAAACACUUUCCUGAUACCUUACAUGGCAAUCCGGCUCAAUGACAUUGAUGUGGAGCAACCUCCCUUGAAAGCCUCACGAUUAGGAUCCUUGAUGACGAGGGGUGCAUCAGUAGUUGGACUAAUUGGAGCAGCCGUCUGUGUGACCUCAGCAUUGUGGGCUCUAUUUGGUCGCAUUGAUGGUGGUUUUGGAGGUAUUGCAGAUCGGUGGCAGUUUUGUCAGAUGUAUAUCACCUCGGAGAGGCUUGCCUAUGCAUUUAUCUGGGAUAUAUGCCUUUACUCCAUUUUUCAGCCGUGGUUGAUAGGAGGCAACCUUCAAAAUGUUCGGAAAAGUAAUGAAGGACUGGUUGGUAACCUCAGGUUUGUUCCUGUUCUGGGAUUGGUGGCCUACUUAUUUUGUUUAGAUGUUGAUAGUGAGCUCUAGCUUAACAUGAGCAUGAACGUCUCUCAUUUUGUUUUCUUUGUUCACAGAAAAGAGUUUUAGCAUAUAUAUUGCAAGGUUGAACUGGUUCCAACCUUGUUGCUUUGCUUAUAAUGAUUAAGAACUCUGAAUUGAAGAUGAUCAAUUUUAAAAAAUGAUCCUACAUUAUUAUUUU